AACUCGUUGGUUGGUUAUUUGAUUAUUUCUGUCUCAAAAAAAGUGGCUCAAUAUCGUACUACGUGUCACAACCUCAAUCACCAUUUCAUAUAUUCUCUCAAUCCCAAACUCAUUUCCACUUGUUCAUUUUCCAUGCAAUCACUUCCUUAAUCCUUACCAUCGUUCAUGUUUAGAUUCACUUUUCUUGCAUAGUAGAGAAGUGUUUUUUCUAUAAGAGCAUGUUCAUUUAUGAAAACUAGAAUUUUGUUUCAUUCCAUGUCCCUAGCAGUUUCAUCCUCACCAAAAAAAUGGAUGAGCAAUUGUGUUAGAGUGCUUAACUCAUUCAUAUGUUACCUUGUUUUCAUCAUCUUUGAUCUUCUUGAUGCUGUUUUAUGCAUUAUCUAUAGAUACCUUGAUGAGCGCAUUGAAGGGGUAACUUCUCCUUGUUGUUGUUCUAAAUGGGAGAGACAAGAAAAGAAGAUUAUGAUGAAUGAUGAAGAUGAUGAUCUUUCAGAUAGUUUGUAUGAAAGGAAGAGCAUGUUUAGAAAAAUGGGUUUGCUUCAAUUUGGAAGAAAAAGAGAAGAUUCCAAUGGGAAAUGUGGUGGAAGGAAAGUGAAUUGUUGGUCUGAUUGUGGGUGUGAGUCUUGUCUUUCAUGGGUGAAUGGUAGUGAUGAUGACUAUAAACUUCAUUUUGUUGUUAAGGAACCCUUAUUAGCCACUAGUGAAAACUGCAGGGGAGACCCUUAUGAGAAUGUGAUAUUCUUGCAUGGAUUUAUGUGUUCUUCAUCAUUUUGGACUGAGACAGUGUUUCCAUGUUUCUCUGAAAAUGUAAACCAUAACUACAGAUUAAUUGCCAUAGACCUAUUGGGAUUUGGCAUGAGUCCAAAGCCAAGAGAUUGUUUGUAUACUUUGAAGGAUCAUGUCGAAAUGAUUGAGAAAUCUGUGCUUCAACCAUUGCAUUUAGGUACUUUUCAUUUGGUGGCACACUCUAUGGGUAGUGUCAUUGCAUUGGCUUUGGCUGCAAAGUACCACAACUGUGUAAAGUCAAUCACUCUUGUUGCACCUCCAUACUCUUCUUUUGAGGGAAAUGAUGCUUGUUUGAAUGCACUUGAAAAGUUUGCUGGAAAGAAAUUGUGGCCAAUGCUAUCAGCUGGUUCUUCAUUUAUGUCAUGGUAUGAGCAUUUGGGUCGAACUGUUUGUCUUAUCUAUUGCAGAAAUCACAGGAUAUGGGAAAGGAUUCUAAAAUUCUUUACUCGAAAGAGGGAUCUUAAUUUCUUGAUCACAGACAUGACUAGACAUACUCAUCAAUCUGCUUGGAGAUCGAUGCAUAAUGUGAUAUGUGGUGGAGCAAAAUUCAUGGAUAGUUACUUGAAAAUUUUGACAAAAAGUGGAGUUAGAAUAAAUGUUAUACAAGGUGAUAAAGAUCAAGUUGUCCCAAGGGAAUGCAUUAGUAAAUUCAAGUUGAAGGCUCCACAUGCUGAAAUUAACAUAAUUCCAAAUGCAGAUCAUAGCACUGUGCUAUUAGGCAGGGAGAAGAAAUUUGCACAAAAUUUGGAGCAUACAUGGGCAUCUUGUUAGGUUCUAAUGGUCAAAAGAUGAGAAUUUGUUUUUGAGUAGACAUGACAUUUUUGUUUUUCUUAACUUAAGAUAUGUAUUGAAUGAGAAAUGAAAUAAAACAAGAAAGAUUAUAACA